AUGCUGAGAUUCAUAGCGCCGUUUAUCGAAUGCAUCAAAAGGAAGGUGGGCUCGCGUGUCGCCCAAAAUCCAGAACGUCGGACUAUUUCCGACGUUCUGGCAUAUUUGGAGCGUGAACCUGUAAUGCUCCAAGCAUUACAGGAAUAUAUGCGCAAAAGGGAGCAGAUUGAAGACCUGCUCCUAACCUGCUUGGAGGAUACGGAGAGGAGGUCGGAGGUCGAAGGGCAGGAUGGAGAAGAACCGGUGCCUCAGGAGCAGGUACUUUACGAAGAAGAGGCAGAGUGGGCCCCUCUCCGUGAAACUAAUGAUGCUGAUGAGGCCGAGAAUUGGCCAACGGAAGCAGAGUGGGCUCCUCUGCCGGAAAGCAACGAAGAAACUGAGGCACCGGUGGCACCAAAUGCCGUUGCAGAACCGGUCGAAUCGGUUCGCGAACUCGUCCUAAGGAGAGGACGAUUAAUAUUCCGGUUCUGGCGACGCAUAAAAUAA